AUCGAGUCCUGAAUCAUUUCCUUUAAGCAUGCGCACAAGACAAAGUCACGUCACCCGGCCUCAGUCGCGCGGAGCAGAUCUGGAAGUGUGUGCACUAGGCAGCUGGAGUUGUCCACAUGUGGAUGAAAGGAAAACACGAAGUUGGACCUGAAUUUCAGAUGAACAGCUAACAAUGAAGAAAGAAAUAGCAGCGGUGGUAUUUUUCCUGAAGCGGCUGAUAAAGAAGGCUGAGAAGUUGAAUGGCGAAAAGGUGGACCUGUUUGUGGAGCGGUUAACUGUAGCAUUACAGGAAAAGUACAAGGGUCACUGGUAUCCAGACAACCCCAGCAAGGGCCAAGCAUUCAGGUGCAUCAGAGUGAACCGCUUCCAUAAAGAGGAUACUGAAUUGCUCAGAGCGUGUGCUGAGAGUGGAGUGCAGUAUAAGGACCUUGGUCUACCUAAGGAGCUCACACUUUGGGUCGACCCUGGAGAGGUGUGCUGUAGGUAUGGCGAGAGUAAUCAUGGUUUCACUGUAGCCACCUUCUCAAGUGAUGAUGAUGAUGAUAAAGAGGAUGUGACAAAGAAAGUGACGAGGGCUGUGGAGAGGGUCACGUCAGAUUACCACUCCGGAUCCUCCUCGGAUGAGGACACCAGCUGUAGAGAGGCCCAGUACACCCCACCUCUCUACAACCACACUCCAUACCAGCUUGUAUAUGCCAGUGCCCCAGUAUGGCAUCCUGUACCAAGGAAGAAGUUUGGCCCGGGGAAAGGGCAUUACCCUCAGCGGCCACACUACAUAAUCCGCCCCCCUUGCAGACCCAACCAUUCCUUUAAACCGCACAGCUGGGUCCAGCAGUGGUACCGUAGCAAGCACAGCUACUGGGGCAACACUUCAAACCUAGUACACCAGCUUCAGUAACCACUGUUACUACAGGAUGAAAGUUCAUUGGUGUCAGUGUGAGGGGUGUUCCAUUGGAAAGUGUUUUUUGAAGUUACCACUAAGAUGACUGACCAAAUUUUUUUAAAAUGUAUUUUUGUAGUUCUGCUGUCACUGUUUUUUGCAUUUGUGACUGGUCAAUUUUUUUUUAAAGAAUGAUAACAGUAACCGUUUGCACUUUAGAGUAUUUGUAAUAGAAUGUGUAUAGGGUAAACUUCGUACAUAUUGGAUUAGUAAUAUUUCAAGUAUUUCAAUUUUUAUGGUAAUGGAAAUGUACUGUAUUUAUGUUAUAUGGGAUCAUUUGAUAACACUUUACAUCAUUCUUUUGUCAGUUUCAGUGACCAAAUGUUUUAUUUAUUCACAGUAAAGUAUUAUGUAUUGCAAAGACCACUUAAAUUAUGGAUAACAUUAAAAAACAUUUUCAAGAAUAUAAAA